AUGAUUACUAGGGAGGACAGUUCCAUUCUGCUAUCUGAUCCGACGAUCAGUGACCCAAUUUUGUGUGAUAACAGAGGAAAUCCUGCAGGAGACCAUUAUGCUGUUCAUGCUCUGAUACAAAUCUCUAAACCAAAGCCUGAACGAAAAACUGUGUCUUUCAGGAAGUUAAGUGAGAUUAACAUUGAUGAAUUUAAGAAAGACAUUUCUUCAUCAGUCAGUCAGCAAAACAUGGACAUGCAGAUUGAUGAACUAGUGACGACAUAUAACACCAGUCUUAAAUGUAUCCUGGACAGCCAUGCACCUGUUCAGACAAAAGAAAUAAUCAUAAGACCAAAAACACCAUGGUAUCACGCCAACUUAAAAGCAGCCAAGCAGGCUCGUAGAAAAGCAGAGCGGAAAAUGCGUGACACUGACUUAACGAUACACAAGCAAAUUUACAGAAAAUUGUGUACCGAUUAUUCAAAACUGCUACUGCAAUCGCAACAGGAUUACUACUCCACAAAGAUAUUAGAAAUUGGACAUGACCAAAAACAACUAUAUAACCUAACUAACAAACUCAUGGGGAAGGUUAAGGAGACUAUCUUUCCAGCACAUGACAGCAAAGAGAUGUUAGCAAAUAGGUUCUGUGAAUUUUUUACUGGAAAAAUUGAAACGAUCAGAUCUGAACUUAGUAAAUCUAAGCAAGUUAAUGUUAGCGAGGCACUAAAGAGUGAUAUUCAAUAUGUGGGUCAGAAACUUAUUGUUUUCACUGAAGCUACAAACAAGGAGAUCUAUGAUAUCAUCAUGGGGGCACCAACUAAGUCUUGUGAGAGUGACCCAAUCCCAACAUCUUUACUUAAACCAUGCAUUGAAGAGUUGCUUCCCUUAAUAACAGUGAUAAUAAACAAAUCAUUAUCUGGAUCUUCAGUACCGACAACCUUCAAAGAGGCUAUAAUUCGCCCUAUUCUGAAGAAACCGGAAUUUGACUGUAAUGAACUGAAAAAUUAUAGACCAGUUUCCAACUUACCAUUUAUUUCAAAAAUACUCGAAAAGGUAGUAUCAAAAAGACUAAAGCAUCAUCUGGAAGUGAACAAUCUACAGGAACCACUGCAGUCGGCAUAUCGAGCAUGCCACUCUACAGAGACGGCACUCCUCCGAGUCCAUCAUGACAUUGUAUCAGCACUUGAUAAAAAUUCCUGUAUGGCCCUAGUGAUGCUAGACUUGUCUGCUGCGUUUGAUGUGAUCGACCAUACCAUCUUACUCAGACGUCUCAGGUUCUCCUUUGGAAUUUCUGGGGCAGCUCUGGAAUGGAUCGAAUCCUACUUGACACAGCGCACACAAUGA